AUGUCACCGUUAGACAUACAUACAACUAUCAGAAAGGCUACACGACUGGAAUUUCAUCCACCCAAAUCAAAGCAUCUUUUAGCUUUGAAAAAUAUGACGUUAGAUGAGCCUGCCAGCAUUGAUGAUAUUCUAAUUUUGUUAGAAAAGAGACUGAAUGAACGUUCCUGGAUUAUCACCUUCAAAGUGUUCAUCAUCCUACAUUAUCUAAUGCGUGAAGGAAACUGUGUUCGUGUUGUAGACGCAGUUAUUAAGAAACCAAGUGUACUUGACGCAAGUAAAAUAAAGCAGAAAACGCAGAAUAUCGAAAACAUAUACAUGUAUAAGAACUAUAUUGAUGAGAGAAUCGUUGCUUUCAGACAUACGAGAAGAGACUAUGCUGCCAACGAAGCAAAAUUCUCUACUAUCAGAAGAAACAGUGCAGUUGGAGGUAGAAGACUAUCACACAUCACAGUCAAAGAAGGAUUGCUCAAAGAAAUGAAAGCUUUGCAAAGACAGUUGGAUGCUAUAUUACAAUGCAAGUUUAAUAUGGAAGACAGUAAAAAGGCAUCCGAAAUCACUUCUUUUGCAUUUAGAAUGGUACUUGAUGACCUUUUAACGUUGUUUCAAUCGGUUAAUGAAGGUGUCUGUAACAUUUUGGAUCAUUAUUUUAAAAUGAAAAAAUCAGAUGCCCAGACAGCCCUCGGUAUUUAUAAGAGGUUUGCUCACCAAACAGAAUUGACUAUGGACUAUCUAAACCACGUCCAGAUGAUCCAAAGCGAACUGCAAGUACGUGAUAUUCCAUCCCAAAUUGAGCAUGCGCCGCUUUCAAUGACUGCCGCACUAGAGGACCACUUAUUAAAGGCCAAGGACGAAGACAUGGAAGAAGUGUGGCAAAAAGACAAAGGUAAAUAG